AGCCUUGUCAGCAGCUACCAUUACCACUAGGUUUGCACUUCUGCCUCCUUUCCGUCAUACAUGUCCUCAAAAUCGCGAUAGCCUUCCCUACUUUUCUUAUUGCCUUCAAUCUAUCUAAAACACACUCUUUCUCUUCCUCUUUUUUGGGGGUUACAUUACUUUCCUUGGAAAACGAGCGCACCGACAAGGUGUACUAAUUACCCAUAUCGUUGUCCCCGCGAUUAUACUGCAAUGCCGCCUUUGCGCCGAUCCGCGAAGAAAGACCCCGCGGUGGGCACCACCUCCGCGAACCUGGAUGGGGAUGCCCUGAACGUCGACGACUCGGCCCGCGCGCUGGAAUCGGUUGCGACGAAUCUCGAGAUUCUGGAAACAAAUCGGGAUGACGGCUCUGUAGCUGCGGUUGGGGUGGUCCCAGAUGCGACCGCGAUGUCACGUCCUGGUCGCCCGUCCAAGCUACCCAUUGCUGUACAGUUUCCCUUGGUCACGAUUUUGAGCUUCAGCAUCUCGAGCUUGGGAUACAGCUUUCUCAACGAGUGGAGCGGCGGAGAACUUGCCAAUGUCGGGAAGACUUUGAAUACAUGGGAGGAGGUCGGGGCCCUAGCAGGCUGGAGGAUCGUUGAACUUGCGCUGGGGUGGUUUGCCGGGUUUGAUAGCUUGGAUGUCGCUGCGCUAAAUCUACUUGCGCAUGGCCCGGCUAUUUCCUUGCUCUCAACAUUCUACAACAUUAGCACGCCAACCGCGCUUUCAGCCCUUGGAAUUGAGAUGCUGUCGACGUUCGCGCCUUUCCAACUCCUACGGCCACUCUCAGGCGCCCACGUCCGAGAGGCCAAGAAUGUAGCCAAUCGCGAAAUUUUGACGGACAUUCCGAUCCAGGCUUACACAACCCUCCUAUCCGCGAUGAUCUACGGCAUCACACUUUUCUCGGCCUUGCAUACGUAUUUGCCGACCAGCUUUGCGGUGUAUUUCGAGGGGCUCCCCGACCUGACGCCUGCUUACACGGCCAACUACUUAUCGCUACUUCCUGUAGCUUUGGCCUUUGGAUUCGCAGCACGAAGCUUUAUCUUCACGCCCUUCACGGCGACGGGUCGCAGCAAAGAGGAUGGGAAACUCGAGCAGUUCGACCCGGUGACGGCGACUCUGGGGGAGACGGUGCUAUACAACCUUUGGGGCUACACCACAAGGGGCAAGGUUAUCAUUCUGCGGACAGCUGUGGUCAUGGUCAUGACAGGAAUCAGCACAUACCUUCAGUGCUUCAUGACAAUAGGCGGCGUGGAGCCACGAGGGGCAGCGAGCUAUGCCGGACCCUGGGUUGUCGCGUCAUUCCUCACGGGCGUGGCAUUGGCUUUUGUCGGCGAAGAGCCAUGAAGUGGGCUUGCGGCGGUGUGGUAGCCGUAACGCGGUGUGGCAGUGGCAGAUGAGACUGGUUCGAUCGGCGACAAUGACAGUGUCUUGAAUACCCUUCAAAAUUGAGACAAUCAUCGGGGCCCCAACCUUACCUCUGGUGAGGUGACAGACGCUGAGGCGUCGAUUGGGAGGGUGGUUGGACGAUACGCACGCCACAGAGACGAUUGGCGGGAGAAAGAAUCUCUAAAGGGUUGCCGCUGUGUUAAUAUAAACGAUGCGACGAUGACGAUGGGCUUUUCUUACAGAAUGGGUAGGCUGACGGCGACUGUUGUUUCUCUGCUGUUCCAUAUUCCUUAAUAUGCAUUUCUUCGACA